AGAAAUCCCUAAUCCUUCCAAUCAAACCCUUUAGCUAAACCAAGAACACCAAUGUGUGAGGAAAGGAGUGAAUCAUGUGCAUGCAGAGUAAUUUUUUCGAUUUUGAAGAGGAGGUGAGUUUGCAUCAUAAAAUUGUUGUUGUUUCUGCAUUUGCAUUUGACUCAGCCUUUGGAUAAUUGCGAGCAAUUCCAUGAUCCUGGCUGUCAUGGGUAAAAGAAAAUUUCCAGAAAGGAGUGCCCUUGUUUCAGGCGUGCGAGAUGCAACUGAUCUCGCGUGGGUGUCUAAUGAUGUCUUGAAUGCAGUCUCCAAUUUCAGUACUGUGGAGUCUGUGGCUGAGAUUGCUGCUGCCGUCCAUCUCACAAAGGACAAAGCCACUGAUCAUGAGUGGCAAGUUUCUCCCGUACCCGUAGAUGAACGUGUUUGUUCAUCUCGCACGGAUGAUAGGUCAUGUCAUUUUCUAAUGAUGUACAAUUUUUUCUUUUUGACUUUGGGCGUUCGUUUUCCUUUCUCCCCUUUUGUCAUUUCUCUGUUAAAUCAUAUUCAAGUUGCUCCUUCCCAGCUUCAUCCGAAUGCAUGGGGAUUCAUCCGAGUCUAUGAGUUGCUGUGUAACGUGUAUGAUCUCACACCUUCUGUUAGGUCUUUUUUCUGUCUUUUCAAUGUAUAUGGUUUUGCCCAUAACAGCUGGAUUUCCUUUCGUAAAAAUCAGAGGUUCAAAUUUUGUGAGACUUUUUCGAAUAAAAUUCAUGAGUGGAAAGACGAGUACAUUAAGAUAUAUCCCGCUGAGGAUAGUGACCCCUUCUUUUUGGACGAUGAUCAAGUCCCCCUCUUUCCCUUAUACUGGUGCCCAGGUCCUGGCAAUGGACAUAAGCUUAACUUUGCUUUUACGGAUCUGGAUACUUUUGAGAUGUGUACGGUAAAUAGGUUGUGCGAGAUUGCCGAUAGGCAACUGAUGGUGGUCUUUUGAGUGCAUGCACAAUCCUUUCCGAAUAUAUUGAUGAAGAUGUGAAGGCAUUUCUUGACAGCAAGAUGGAGUCAAGACAAAAGAUGCUUGAAUUGAUGGCGCAAAGAAAACUUGCGCCUGGAGGUCCCAGUAACACUGGUUUGAACUCGUUGGAAAUCUCAGUUAGAGGUCAAGUGGGAUCAGGGACUCCUAUCCUGACUUCUCCUGGCCCAGUGCAAGGUCAAUCUACUGUUCCGACCUUUACAACUGAAGCGGAGGCAAAAAUUGUUGAAGAGGCUAGCGGCAUUCGACAGAAAAAGACUGGAAAAAAGAGAAAAGCUCUUCAUCCCUCCACAGCUCCAAUUUCUCUCUCCCCAACUGAUAUCACGAGAUGGGGAGAAGGUUGGAAAGAGUUCCAGCCGAACCUGCACCAGAAAGGUAAGGAACUAGGUCCUCUGGUGGAGAAUCUCGCACUUGACGAAUGGGAAGAAGAGGCUGAAAAAAUAGACCUCUGGACAAGGCGUUCCUCCUCUCUAACCGGCAUCAUAUCCUACCUCAAAUCUCGCUGUGCUGAUCUACAGACAGCUUUGGAUGAGAAAAAUGAGGCUUAUGCUGCUCUGGAAAGAGCUAAGAAAGAAGCCAAAAAUGCCGAGAUGAAGUCAAAAGCAGAGAUGAAGACAAAGUUGGAUGAAUUGAAGACGAGUCAUUCAACACUUAAGAAGGAGAAAUAUGGGCUGUCUAAGAAGGUGAAGUCCUUGGAAGCUGCUGCGGCUACAUUUGAGCAGACAAAGACUAAUCUGGAGAAUGAUGUCGCCCGGUAUAAGCAGUGGUGGGCUGAUGGAGCUGAGGAGACAUAUCAAAAUGUCUUGAGCCAAGUUCGUUUUUUCAACCCCAAUGCCAACUUACAGAAUGUUCAUUACUUCUACUUUAUAAAGGAUGGAAAGCUGAUGCGUAUCAACCAGGAGACCAAAGAGGAAGAACCAGUGGAGCUUGCAAGUUAUAUGGACACAGACACAACUCCAGGCCAAGCUGCUGCAACCAAUGAUGUAACCAUGGGGGAUGGCACUAAUGAUGUGGCAAUAGAUGCCGCAGGUGGAGGGGCUGUUCGUUAAAAAAGCUGCAUCACACGAUCAUCAUCACAUACCGGAUGACAUCCAUGAGGACCUGAGGCAGGCUGGUUUCCUGAACGUGGCCUGUCAACAGAACCAUGAGAUGUGUAUAAUUAAUUUUUUAAUAAAUUUUAAAACUGGUUUUAUAUUGUGGUUCAUAUUGAUUAUGCAUUAGUCUCGGCCCUUGUGGAGUGAUGGUGACCAGAGAUGCAAACGUUUCACAUGUCAUAGGGCAAUAUGACAUUACUUUGGAGGAUGUACAUCAUUUGUUAGAUCUUCCCGCAAAUGGUGGACCAGUCAUAGGCACGACUAGAGCAUUUGGGGGUCAUGCCAGCUAGCAGCCUGUUGGACAAUUCACUCCUCAGCUUGGCUUUCUUGCGUGAGCGCUUCAAAUGAUAUGAGGAUCAUGCUGAAACUGAGGUAGGGCACAUACUUGGGUUCCACGACAGUUUGGGUUCCAGCAGUCCAUACCUAUUGCUCCCGUAGAUAUCUCUGAUCGACAGACCAUGACCCUCCGUGGUAAGGAGGCUCAAGACUGGCAUAAUAGACACGCUUAUUUCAUAGAUCAAUGGGAACAGAGAGAUCGUCUCGUGAUCUUAGACCUGGUAGAGCAGCAUGGGUGAUUAUCACCUAACAGCCCCUAUAUGGAGUGGUAUCGCUAGCAUAUACAUAUAGAUGGAUCAGUGUAUCUGUUGCCCAAAGGGAUCAUAUGAUUGAUCGUGUGGAGCUUGUAUGGCACAUGACAUUGGAGGAUGCACAUAAUGCUUUUUUCAUGAUACUGAUAUAUCAUGAGAUUGAUAGAUUCAUGGUUGAAAUAGAAUAAUACAUUUUAAUUUGCUUGAUAUGUUUGCUCAGCUGCAUUCUCUAGAUGUUAGCCACUUUUAAAUUUUCCAGUCAAGUUCUUGUGGUUACUUCUGUUUGGAUAAACCUUUGUUCUAAAUACUGGUUUGAUUUUCCUAAAUUGUCUUGGUUAUAUGUCAUGUGGGAUAAAGAAUCAACCACAAAUUUGGAACCAAAAUGCCACAUUAAACUAUUUUACGGACAAAGUCCUGCUACUGGGACCAGCGAGACUGUUUUUGCCACAUAUUGCAGUGUCAAAGACUCGCUUUCAGACACUGCAACUCAAAGGCCUACUGAUGGGCCCAGCAGGUAUAGGGGCUGUUGUGUUUGACAACGAGUCUUUGAAGUGGUAUCCUAGCUUCCACGUAGAUGGAUCAGUGUAUCUAUGGCCCAAAGGGGCCAUAUGGUAUGGUAUUAUUUUCGCUUACACUAAUAUAAUCAUAUAUUUUCUUUUAUAUAUUAGUGAUGUUUAUAUUUUUUUUCAGAUUGAUCGUGUGGAGCUUGUAUGGCACAUGACAUCAGAGGAUGCACAUGAUGCUUUAUCCAUGAUGCUUUAUUCAUGAUAUUGAUAGAAUCACGGUUGAAGUAGAAUAGCACAAUAAAUCAUCGCAGAGAUUAUACUUGUAUGCCGAUCAGAAAUUAGACACAUGGCUGUUCAAUACCCAGUGAGCCUAAUAGCGUGUCUUGGUCUGUGGUAUUUUGGCAAAAACAUUUCAAAACACAGCAUUUUGGUAUUUUUUCGGGAAACGUGUUAUUCUGGUCUUAAGCAAUUGCAAAUUCCUUCCCAGUUUAGUUAGUGAUUGUCAAUAAUCCUUGUGGAAAUGAUACUUGGGCUCCAAAUGUUUCUAUAUUACUCGUUGAUGUGUAUACUUGCACAAUUAAUCUUGCAUAACUAUUAGUAGUGCAACAAACAUCUUUUAUUACAAAAAGAAAAAACUUGUGAAGCGUCAUUUUUGUCACAUUCUUUUAUUUUCAAAUACAAUUAGCAGUUGUUUUCGUCUUGGGAUUCUGUGUUAAUCAGCCCAUGUUGUGAAAUGAUGUAGAUGUCAACCGGAAAGUGUUGUGACACACCAAGACACAUGGAUUGUGAUUGAGGCUGCACUUGUAUUAUAUCAUUGUCUAUUGGAAGUUUGAAUCAUAUUCUCACAUUUAUCUAAAGGAGUUAAUAUUUUUAUUGGUUGUUGUAGAGAGUCAGAAUCUUAUCACUAUGGAUGGAUUAGGAAUUGUGAGUUUUGCUUGUCGUGCACCAAAUAAAACCACAUGACUAUAUUUUUCAUAUUAAAAUUUAAAUAUAUGUUGAAUCAAGGCUAUGUUCUGAUGAGACCAUACUUGUGCAGGCUUAGGGCACGGUGGUGAAGAAGGGUGAUAGUGAAUUACAAUGAAUACAAUCGAGUAUGUUUGCACUUUGCACCUGGAUAUUGCUUCUUUAUAACACAGGUGAUGCGCUGAACGCAUUGAAAGCAACUUGCUUGAUCCUAACAAUGUUAUUCAAAACUGGGAUGCUACCCUUGUCAAUCCCUGCCUGCACGUAGUUCCAUGUUCAAUGCAAUAGUGAUUAUAGUGUGAUCCGCGUGUAAAGUUAAUGUGACUUUUGCCUGUUGUUUUAUCAUCGUUUGUCCACAUAGUGGAUUAUUUCUUUGUGUUUGGUAAGUGAUCUUGGAAAUGCAGAUCUUUCUGGUCAACUGGUUCCACAACUUGGUCAGCUCCCAAAUUUGCGGUAUAUUUGGGAACUUAGGUCACCGUUUGGGAUUUAUGAGAUGAGUUGUAUUUAUUUAAUUAAUUUAUUGGUUAUUUAUAAACAUUGAAGAAUCAU